AUGAAUCAAAAAACCACAGGACGAAUAGAAAGGGCGCCACUGAGUGCAUUUUCCUUUUUCUUUAGCAUUGUGUGCAUUAUAGGAAAUACAAUUGUGCUUCACAUUUUCCGCACCAAAUACAAGAAAUCAAACUACCGCUUCUUUGUGUUACUUUUGUCCUCAUUGGACAUGGGGAUUGCAAUUGUUUUUGUGAUGAAAGAGCAACUCCGUAUACAAAAUGUGUACAAUGGCGGAAGGUCAGUCGCUUGUCCAAUUUUACGCUACUUCGGAAUUUCUGUCGGGAUGGGAACGGUAUUAAUGGUACUAUCUAUAGCUGUUGAACGUUACAAGAAAAUAUGCACUCCAUUUCAAACUCAGUUCACCAUUGCACAGUGUGGCAGAUUCUGCACUAUAGCAAUGAUUGUAAGUGCAAUCGUGAACGUACCUGCAAUUUUCAUUUUCGGAAAAAGAGAUUUCAAUAUAGAGGGUAUGAACGCAACCAGAUGUGAUGUGUUAAAGAAGUUCGAUGAAACCGAGUUCCCGAUUCUGUAUUUUGGAUCCUUGAACACAGUGUCUCUUGUUGUUGUCUUCUGCAUUACAGUCAUACAGUUGAAAAUCAGAGCAGUUAUCAACCGCCAAUCUCAACUAAAGAAGAGAAUGAAUUUGCCGGCAUCCAGUAAAAACCAGCUUAAGAUCGCAGAAACCCCACUUUCGGGCGAAGAUGGUGCUACCCCCAUUGAAUACGAAGAAAAAUUAUCAGCAAUCAAAAUAGCUGUUGUAUCAAAAGAAAUGACACCGAUGGCUAAACCGAAUCUCUCGAAGACGAAAACGACAAACGAUAAAUUAAAGGCCAUUAAAAUAGCCGUGGCUUUCUGCAUCAUAACAGCAUUGUUAGUAAUAAGCACCCAAGCCAUGUUAAUAAACGUCAUCAUAUCAGCAAUAUCAAGGUAUUUGCGUCCUGAAAACAAAAUCUCAGAGGAUCAAGAUAUCUUCAAUAACUAUGAUAUUGCCGCCUUAAAUGGAAUGUUUAAUCCGUUCGUUUAUUACUUCUUUGAUAACAAAUUCAGACAAGAAGUCAGAAAGUUAUGUCGGCGAUAA